GAUGGUGGCACCAAGAGCUCACGGUAAACACCCCUCGUGACGGUCUCAUGAAGAUACUGGAACAGACUGGGAGCGAAGGAGACAUGAUGGGAGGAGUGUGAAAUUCUGGAAAUAGCACAGACUUGCGACGAUGUGACGCUUAAAACCAUAAGCUAGAGUGUGCGAGACUAAUUAUUUAUCAAAAAGCCCAUCGCCUGUUUCCUCGGUUCCGUGGAGGAACGGACAGAUGCCCGCGGAAGAUGCUGCGCUUCUGAAGACAGAGUGGGAAAGAAUGGGUGUAGGGAUGCUGACAAUACAAAUCCAUGGCUGCACGUGAAGAACUAGCUUUCCCUGGGUGUGCAUGAAAAAGAUUCCACCUGAUCAUCUGAUAUAAAGCGGAGAACCGACGCUGCGAUGGUGACCGACAUGUUCUGAGCGGAGGGAACAGCGGCGAGAUGAAGGCGGCGGUGAGACCUAAGCGCAUGCGGCUUUUCUGGCGACUCGGUGUCUGUGGAGUCGGGAUGAUCACCGCCACCUGGCUCAUGCAGCUCCUAGACGUAACAGACUCUCCAAGCCCCAGUGAUGUUGUUGGUGACUUCCCCUGGUCUAAGAGAAAACUAAUGCAGGAGAGAGAAGAGGAGAACCACACCUCUUACACUCCUACAACGCCCAGAGCUGCAAUCCACGAGUUUCCAGCAGAUAUUUUCUCUCCAGAGCAGAGGAGAAAAGGAGCAGUUCUUCUCCAUGCAGUCUGUGCGAUCUACAUGUUCUAUGCCCUGGCUAUAGUCUGUGAUGUCUAUUUUGUUCCAUCACUGGAGAAGAUAUCAGAGAAUCUUCAACUCAGUGAGGAUGUUGCCGGGGCAACAUUCAUGGCGGCUGGGAGCUCCGCCCCUGAGCUCUUCACCUCCUUAAUUGGUGUCUUCAUCACGAAAGGUGACCUGGGGGUAGGCACCAUUGUGGGAUCGGCUGUCUUCAACAUCCUCGUCAUCAUCGGCAUUUGUGGGAUCUUUGCCGGACAGCCUAUCUCGCUGAGCUGGUGGCCGCUGCUUCGGGAUUCUCUCUACUACAUCCUGUCUAUAUUGAUGCUGAUUGUGGUGAUCUAUGAUGACAAAGUGAUUUGGUGGGAGACCAUCAUACUGAUCUCCAUGUAUCUAGUCUACAUUAUCAUCAUGAAGUUCAACAGACCCCUGUCAGGCUGGGUGGAGAGGCACUGUGGUCGAGGGGGCCAGCCCUGCUUCAGUACCUUGAGACGGACCACCGCAGUGGGGCAUGGGGGAGUCGACUGUGACACAGACAUGGUGCUGCUGAAGAGAGAUUCGUGUGCAGGGCAGGAGACUGCAGUAGUGAUGGUGGAUGAGUUGAUGAGUCUGCACCCUCACCAGCUGAGCUUCUCUGAGGCAAGCCUCCAUCUCCUGAUCACCCCACAUUUCCCCCCCUACACACGCCUCCGCAUGGCAGGACGCAUGGUCAUCAAUGAGAGACAGAGGUUGAGCCGGGUUCGGGGCCAGGAGGAGAACGAUGGGGAGGAGGGGGGAGAUGGGGCCACAUGGGGACCACUGGAGGGGGACGGAGACGGGGAUGGGGGGACGGAGGGGAACACAGAGGGGUUACAGCCCGAAGAGGAGGAGCUAGAGGAAGAAGAGGAGGUCUCCUUCAGUCCCUUCAUAGUGCCAGGAGGGCACUGUGAGCGUGUGCGCUGGCUGGUGUCAUGGCCUCUGUGCCUGCUGCUCUGCUGCACUGUACCCAACUGUGUCCUGCCUCGCUGGAGCCGCUGGUACCUCCUGACCUUCCUGGCCUCCACACUCUGGAUCGCAGUCUUCUCCUACCUCAUGGUCUGGAUGGUGACCAUUAUCAGUUACACGCUGGGCAUCCCUGAGGUGGUGAUGGGCAUCACCUUCCUGGCAGCUGGCACCAGCGUACCGGACUGUAUGGCCAGCCUGAUCGUCGCACGACAAGGUAUGGGGGAUAUGGCUGUCUCGAACUCCAUUGGCAGUAAUAUCUUCGAUGUGCUUCUGGGACUUGGGUUCCCUUGGUUCCUGCGCACUCUGGUGGUCGACUAUGGAUCAGUGGUGUAUAUCAACAGUAAAGGCCUGGUCUAUUCAGUUGUUCUGCUGUUGGGUUCAGUGUUCCUCACUGUCCUGAGUGUUCAUCUGAACCGUUGGUGGUUGGACCGCAGACUGGGUCUCUGUCUCAUGAUGCUCUAUGUCAUCUUCCUACUCUGCUCGGUCGGCUUCCAGCGACUGUAGGCCAGGUUCCCAGACAUUUUAGUAUGAUUAUUAUGAUACUAUUUGAUGUGAUGUUUUCACUUGUUGACAUUAUUUAUCAGUUGUAUGUGUACGGGUAUUUAGUUACGGUUCAUUUGCAUUUGACAUUUAUGAAUAUUGUUAUUGAUGGGAAACCUCACAUUUUAUUUUAUUUUAUUAAAUACCUUUGAAUAAUGUUUCAAACUGGAUCUUUUACAUAGUUUUAUACAGAGCAACUAGAGAAAUGUGUGAUAUCCGAAGAUGACCAGUCGAGAACAUCCACUUCACACAAUGAAUUUAUAAUGUAUUGAAUUUAUAUCUACAGUUUAGUUACUUGAUGACAAUGAUGAAUCAUAUUCUUUAGAGUGAAAGUGUUAAAAGGCCCAGUGCAGUCAAACUUGAUUUUCCUGUUUUUAUAUAUAUUUUCACACUGCGUUUGGAAUAAUACAUUUCAACAGUAUGACAAUGCCCUUUAGUGUAAGAGGUGUUUGAAAAGACAGUGGGAUGGAGUUUUGGCCUGCCUGGUAAAUUACUUAAGACCUAUUACAAAGAGUUCCAAACCUAGUUUUGACCAUUGUUUUAAAUAAAAAUCAUUGUAAGGUACUUAAUUGUUACCCAGAAAUGAUUUGAUAUUGAGAUAAAAACAAUGCAUUGGACCUUUUAAGACCCAAUAUUGUAUUGCUUGUAGGAGUGCCACAGCAGUAACCAUACUCUGCUAAUCAUAUAUAAUUAUAUGCUUGUAGGAUGACUCAUGUAUGUAGACUGAACAAAAAUAUAAACACAUGUAAAGUGUU